AUGGCGGAGUACAACGGGAACUACGUUGAGGGAAAUAACGAUGAUGAAAUAACAGCUGAACAGACAGAAAAGCUCAUACAAUUUCAGGAUUUAACGGGCAAUGAGGAUACAGAUGAAUGUCGCUCCAUCCUUCAGAGACACAGUUGGAAUAUUGAGACGGCUGUGCAGGAUACACUGAACGUGUCCGAGGGGAGACCUACUGUGUUUGACACGCCCAGAACUCCAAUUGAAACCCCACCUCCAGAAGUUAAUUCAAACUCCCUUGACCAAAGGGUGUACACAGUGCAACGACCCAGUCAACCCCAGUCCCUAUUAGCAUGGGGCUACACAUUGCUUCUGUUUCCCUUUCGCUUCAUCUCCAUCUCGUUGUUCGAUAUCGUCCGAUGGUUCAUGAGAUUCUUCCGUCCCGACCCUCGGCGUAUAGUGACAGACCCCGUAGGUGAUGUCAUCUCGUUUAUACAGCAUUUCAACGAGCAGUACGGAAGUGAACAUCCCACGUUCUACCAUGGUACAUACAGUCAGGCUUUGACUGAUGCAAAACGAGAACUCAAGUUCCUCCUUGUGUAUUUACACGGAGCUGAUCACGAAGACACGCCCGUCUUCUGUCGGGAGACGUUAUGCAACGCUGACGUAUGUGAGUUUAUCAAUACAAGAAUGCUUUUCUGGGCUGCGUCAACUAAUACUCCGGAGGGAUACAGAGUGUCAUUAGCACUAAGAGAGUCGACCUACCCAUUCCUUGCCCUGAUCGUCCUGAGAGACAACAAAAUGACCGUCGUCCAGAGAAUAGCUGGACCAGUCCAGCCCCAGGAUCUAGUAGACAGACUCACCCGCGUCAUGAGUGAAACAGAGGCGUACCUGGUGGCUAUGAGACACGAGCGGCAACAACGGGACCAGACUAACACGCUCAGACAGCAGCAGGACGAGGCGUAUCACGAGUCGCUCAGACAAGACAGGGAAAAGGAGAGGAAGCGUCAGGAAGAGAAAGACAGGAAAGAUAAGGAGAUUGAGGCCCAAUUGGAGAAGGAACUAGAAGAGCAAAGGAAAGUCCAGGAGAGAGAGGAGUUGAAGCUUGCUAAAGCAGCGAGUCUUCCUGCAGAGCCAGAGCCAGAAGAUCCCGAGGCAAUCCGAAUCGUUGUCAAGCUUCCAUGCGGCGCAAGACUGGAGCGCCGCUUCCUCAAGACUGAGCCGCUACAGAUUAUAUACGACUUUGUGUUUGUCCAGGAUGAUGCUCCAACAGAGUUCAAACUCAUGACGAAUUAUCCACGAAGAGUUCUACCCUCGCAGCCCAUCCCAACACCGGAUGACGUUACUACUAUACAGAGCUUCGGCCUAGCACAAAAAGAGACCAUCUAUGUGCAGGAUACCAGUGACUAAAACAUCAAAAUGUGCUUAAAAAAAAAUUAAUAAAUUGAAGAAAAAAAAAUUAAGAAGAGGAAAAACUUUUAGAAAAUUGAAUUUCAACUGAAAGGAUGUUUAGACCAUUUGAAUCGUCUGUAAAUGCCAACAUAACUUCAAUAAAGUGGGUUUAUCUUGAAGGUAAGCCAAUAUGUAAUACGCAUGCAUGCAUUGGCUCCUCGCACAGGCCCAAUUUCAUAAAGCUUGUAAGCACAAAAACUUGCUCAGCACAGGCGAAUAUCACUAAGCAGAAAGUGGUUAUCAGAUAUAAGUGCAUCAAGUUUACAUUGUUUUGACUGGUGCCCCACCCAUUUUUUUUAGUGCGCUUGACCACUCAUCAAUGGAAUCAAUCCUGGAAGAAUAACCUUUAUCGCAUGUCCAGCAGGUUUCUGAUAAUUGGUGGAACUUAAGUUGUGUAUAGCCGAGUAGCGCAUAUAUUGCGCACAGGCUGUAUACUCCCCAGGGAGCUGAGAUGGUUUAAGGAAUGAUUUAAG